AUGGGGAUUGCCCCACGGAAUGAUCUAGGCAGCCUGGCCAGCGCAAGCGGUCAGAAGGCGUCCGGGGGCUUCUGGGAGCGGCUUUCGGCCCGGGAGGUGGAAGGAAACGGAUUUCACCGCCGCCUCAUCUUCUCAUCUCUCUGGCUGGGGACUUUUGCUGUUGCAGCGCGCGAAGCUGAGGAGAACGUCUCCAAAACUCAAUGUCAUAGCGGUCCACGGGCAGCGCCGAUGCCAAGAAGCCGAUUCUGAAGUCAGUGGACGACGGCAGGGAACGAGAAGAAGUCCCGAGAAGUUGAAAGAACCCCGAGCUGCAGAAACCCUCAUUUUUUAUUAUUAUUAUUUUUUGCCUGAAGCGCCUGCGAAAUCUCGCAGCAGGUGCAGCGGCUAAAGAGAAGACCUUCCCUCCACGCGCCGCUACCGCCGCCGCAGCGGAGUUGAAAGAUAAACGAGAACGCGCGCCGUUUAAAGAGAACGAGAAAAUCCCCCUAUCGCCGCGGGAACAGAAAAUAAUAAUAAUAAUAAUAAUAAUAAUACUUCUAGCUGCAAAAAAGCACAUUUCAACGCUCAGAAGGGCAGAUUUUGGACCCUAGCUAUGAAGUCUUACAUUCCAUUUUUCAUUCUUCUGUGGAAUGCUGUUGGAAUUUCAAAGGCUGCCAAAAUAGUUAUUGUGCCGCCAAUUUUGUUUGAAAGCCAUCUAUAUAUUUUCAAGACCCUGGCUUCAGCCUUGUAUGAACAUGGCCACCAGACUGUUCUGCUUCUUUCUGAGGGCAGAGAAAUCCCUCCAUCAAGUCAUUACAGACUACAGCGAUACCCAGGGCUCUUUAAUACAACCACCUCAGAUGAAUUUCUUCAUUCCAAAAUGAGGAGUAUCUUUUCUGGGAGCCAAACAGCGUUGGAGCUGUUUGAUAUUCUGGAUCACUAUUCCAAGAAUUGUGACAUGGUUGUGGGCAACAAGAAGCUCCUGCAUGCCCUGAAACAGGAAAAAUUUGACCUGCUACUAGUAGAUCCUAAUGAGAUGUGUGGAUUUGUUAUUGCCCAUCUUUUAGGGAUUAAAUAUGCUGUUUUUUCCACUGGCCUUUGGUAUCCAGCAGAAGUAGGUGCACCUGCACCAUUAGCAUAUGUCCCUGAAUUUAAUUCCCUUCUCACAGACCAUAUGAACUUCCUAGAAAGAUUUAAGAACACUAUUGUUUAUCUGGUUUCACGAUUUGGAGUCAGUUUUUUGAUUCUGCCAAAAUAUGAAAGGAUAAUACAGAAGUAUAGUGUACAGCCAGCAAGGUCCAUGUAUGAAUUGGUUCAUGAAUCCAGCCUGUGGAUGCUAUGUACUGAUGUAGCACUGGAGUUUCCAAGACCUACGCUACCAAAUGUUGUUUACGUGGGAGGAAUUCUGACCAAACCAGCCAAUCCUCUACCAAAAGAUCUGCAAACAUGGGUGAAUGGUGCUACUGAAAAUGGCUUUGUCCUUGUAUCAUUUGGAGCUGGAGUGAAAUACUUACCUGAAGAUAUAGCAGAUAAAUUGGCACAUGCUCUGGCUAGACUUCCUCAAAGAGUAAUUUGGAGAUUUUCAGGUAAAAAUCCCAGGAAUUUGGGUAACAAUACAAAACUUAUAGAAUGGUUACCACAAAAUGAUUUAUUAGGUCACUCUAAUAUUAAGGCCUUCCUUAGUCAUGGUGGUCUGAAUAGCAUUUUUGAAACCAUGUACCAUGGUGUUCCUGUGGUGGGAAUCCCUCUUUUUGGAGACCAUUAUGACACCAUGACUCGAGUGCAGGCCAAGGGCAUGGGUAUACUACUAAACUGGAAGACUCUUACGGAGGAUGACUUAUAUAAUGCACUGGUGAAAGUUAUUAAUGAUCCCAGCUACAGGCGGCGGGCCCAGAAGCUGUCUGAAAUCCAUAAAGACCAACCAGCUCAUCCUGUUAAUCGAACAGUCUACUGGAUUAAUUACAUCCUUCGUCAUAAUGGAGCACAGCAUUUACGAUCUGCAGUUUACACUGUCUCUUUAUAUCAGUAUUUCUUAUUGGAUAUUGCCUUUGUUGUGCUACUUUGUACUGCCUUACUCUGCUACAUUUUGGCCAGGAUAGCAAAAUUUAUUUGCAAGCAAAGCAAACAUUUUUGGUCCACUGAUGAACAUGUUACUAUCAAUGGACAUUACCAGAAUGGGAUACCAAACGGCAAGUAUAGAAGAAAUGGUCACAUUAAACAUGAAAAAAAGGUGAAAUGAGCCAACUACUCCAUGUACAUUAGCAACAAAUCAGUACUAUAAUUAAAUUUUAUAGCUGUAACAUAGUCUAACACCUACUUAAAGUAAAACAAUAAACAGUUCUAAUGCUCCCCUACAGUAUGUAAUCUUAUGCAAUUAAAUUCUGCAGAACUAAGAAAAAUCUUUAGAAAAAUGAAGCACAACCUAAAAUACAAAAAGCAUUUUAUUCUUAAUACUGAUGGAGAAAGGUCAUUCUGGCACUGAAGUUUUCUAGAAGCCUUAAUUCUCUGAAGUAAUUCAUUAGGUUUAUUCAUGUCUGCUCAAUUUGUGAAUAAUAUGUGUGUCUCAGAAAAGGAAUAGUUUCCUUUUACUUACAAAGAUUCUUCCUUUUUUCAUGCACAUUUAUAUUUUAGCAAAGAAAUCUUGGUUCUAUUUAUCUAAGGUUUAAUUUGUUAUCUGACAAUGAUGUUAAUUAAAGUCAUCUUUCAUAGUGUUCAGUACAUAGCAAUAAACAAACUGUAGAAUUAUAAUGCAGCCAUAAAAAUCAUAUUCUUAAAAGGCAUUGAAGAAUAUGAUGACGAUACACCGUAGUUUUGAUAUACUACAUAACUCUUCCAUUUUCUUCCAUUUCUUUAAAGAAAAGGAAAUUGCACAAGAGUACCAUAAGGUGUAAUUUUAUAUUUAUGUAAAUUUUAGUUCUGUUCUUUACCUUUCCCUAAUUCAUCAUUUAUGCCAUAGUAAGGUUGUUCUCUUUCAAUAACUACAAGGGCUAUGUGGAUAUAAUAAAUCGAUAUAAAAAUAAAUGAGGCAGAGAAAAAAAUAUUCUGCAUUGGCUCUUUGGAAAAGGAUUAUUUUUGUCCCUUGAGCAAUGUAGAAUCAAACCAUUUUUGGUUUGUUAUAAAGUUGAAUGUCUUAACUAUUAUAUUACUACAAUUAAGUUUUUGUCCCCCCCAACCAUAAUGGUUCCGAGGUUCACUUAGUUCUGUCUAUAAUCUUUAUAGUAAUCUGGUCCAUGUAAUCCAUGUUAUCUAGUUGCCAACAUCAUUUAUUUGAAUCUAAAGGAGGUUAUCUUUGGUCAGUUACACUGUUUUUGUAGAGGUUUGAUAUCAUGCAUGACAUUAAACCUAUAAACUAGUUAAACACUGUGCCUCUGCCUACAUUCAUAGCAUUAUUUUUCUGCACAAUGCUUUUUCAAUCACUGCAACCAAUAUAGGUAUCUGUUUUUAAACAGAGAAUGGGAAUACAGGGCAUUAAAAAUAUUAGGACUGUCCCGUUAAACCAGUGUUGGCAACUAUAUGUUUAUUAAAUUUCCUUGUCAUCCUGUUUACUUGGAAUUUGCACUGCACAUGUUGUGGGUGUAUACUUUAUUUAUUUGCAGUUUGAAAUCCCAUGUCUGACAGCGUUAGGAGUAAAAACAAAAGCAAAUCUAAACUGUGUAUUCACUAACGUGGGAAAAGUUCUUUAAAACUGUAGACUAAAAUCAUCUUCAUACACAGUGACAUGAUGCUUCAUUACCAUCCCAUCAGGAGCCUCUAUAUUAUAGCAAUAAAGUAGAAACUGCAGAUGCAUUUCUAAAAUUUAGUACAGGCAUUUGUACUUUCCAGAUACUUGAAGAGUGGUGUUAUUAAUAUGCCUAUAGCUUUACCUUUUUACAAUCCUAUCAAUAUAUGGCAACUGAGGGAACACAAAGAGGCAAUGAGUGGUGGGAGAAUGACAGAACCUAGAGUGUAUGAAUGAGUUAGUUUUAAUGUUUUUGUAUUGAAGAAAGUACACAAACACUGACCGGAUGAUUAAGAAUAAUUUAAUCUCCACUGUGAUAAAAUUUAAGCAAUAAACAUGGAUUUAAUACAGAAAAAAGUUGUUGAAAGUAUAUCUUUAUUCAAAUAUAUUGUUGUAUGUGUAAUUAGAGCUGCACGUACUGUCUGUAUAUAUGAAUAAUAUAUAUUGUCCUAGACUUUUUCUCAGAAAAUGAGAGAAGGGGUGUAUACUUGUUUAGUAUAUGCAUUCAGUGUCAUUUUAUGAAAUAUUUAAUUUAUUUAACAAUUUUUCAGAAAUGUUUUCAAAUAACCAUCAUGGUUAUCACCCAUAUUGCUCUCUUCCUUAGCCCCAUUCCAAUGAUCUUCAAUUCCUUUAUGUUCCUUCAAUUUAAACAUAUUGGAUGAUAAUUUUUAAGAAUGAUGAAUACCUAUAAGGAUCUCUGUUUUAAAUAAUGCACCGCUUUGUAGAAAGCUUAUUGCCACAUCUUAUUUUUCAGAUCUGGCUAUUAUGUAUCAAGGGUUUAUUUAUUUUGUUAAGUGCCUUAUCAAAUGUUGCUAUAUCUUAUAGCAUUUUUAACUUUUAGAAUAGCUCAGGAAGUAUCUUAGGCUGAAACAUAGUGGUCUGCCCAAAACCUCCAGAACUUCAAGAGUGAGGAAGAAAUUGAAUCUAGUCCCUCAUAUCCAGAUUUAUAAAAUGCAUUUGAUUGCCUUGUAUGUUUUAGUAAUUAAAAUAAACAUGUGUCUUUGAGCUUGCAAGUUAAAGAUUAUUUGACAUGUUUUCAUACCCCAGUUCUAAAUACAUAAUCAAAAUACAUUUUGGCAUUUGAUAAUCUUUAUGUGGUAAAUAUGCACAGAUAUUAAAUAGACGAUUAUCUUUUUUUUUUAGUUCUAAAAUAGCAAGGGUACUAAUAAUUUUGCAUCUAGUAGUACUGUUUUGUAUGGAGGCAAAAAAUAAACCCAAGAACACAUUUCUAAUGCAGUUCAUAGAGAUCAAUAGAUUUAGUAGAAUUAUAACCCUUAUCAAUGUACUAAUUAGAUAUAAAAAUCAAUCUUCACUAAUCUUGACUUUCAGUUUAAAAUUAGCUUUAAAAUCAGUUUAAAAUUCUGAAGACUUUAAACUGAAGAGAACAUGAGAUAUUAUAUUUGUUAAUUCAAAUAGUUACUUUUUUUGCAUUUAUCAUGAUGAUUUCUUCAGUUUACUGCCAAUCAGAUUUAUAAAAUUAGUAUUUUGCUUGAAUACCAAAGAUGAUGCUUGACAGUUUUAUUCAGUUAAUUAAAAUCUAGUUAUCUAACCACUUUUGAAGGUAUUUAUAAUGACUAAAUACAGUAUAGAAGAUGUUUAGAUAAAUAGGAAUGCCAUUUACACUAUUUUAUUAUUAGCUCAGUAAAGAUGUCAAUAUUUGUGAAUUCAGAAUGUAUUCAGAAGUUAGUAUUUUGAGAUGAAAUAUGUUUAAAAAUGACAACACAUACAACAAUGCAUAUUUAAAUGAAAAUAUUUGUAUUUUUUUAAACAGAUCAAUAAAGAAACAAAUUAUAAUCAAA